UUUCAUUUUUCUGCGGGACUUUGGAGGAACCUUGCCCGGCUUUUAGCAUGAUGUCUUACCUUAAACAGCCCCCUUACGGCAUGAACGGGCUGGGGCUGACGGGCCCCGCCAUGGACCUGCUGCACCCUUCCGUGGGGUACCCGGCCACCCCUCGGAAGCAGCGUCGUGAGCGCACCACCUUCACCCGCUCGCAGCUGGACGUGCUGGAGGCACUCUUCGCCAAGACCCGCUACCCCGACAUCUUCAUGCGGGAGGAGGUGGCCCUGAAGAUCAAUCUGCCCGAGUCCCGAGUCCAGGUCUGGUUCAAGAACCGCCGCGCUAAGUGCCGGCAGCAGCAGCAGAGCGGCGGCGGAGCCAAGAGCCGUCCGGCCAAGAAGAAAUCCUCGCCGGCCCGGGAGAGCUCGGGCUCGGAGAGCAGCGGGCAGUUCACACCGCCGGCAGCGGCCUCCAGCUCGGCCUCCUCUUCAUCCUCCAGCUCGGCCUCCUCAGCCCCAGCAGGUGCCCCAGCGUCUCUCAGCACCCCAGCAUCAUCCAUCUGGAGCCCGGCUUCCAUCUCGCCUGGCGCAGCACCAGCCGGGGUGACCGUGCCCGAGCCACUGCCGCCGGCUGCCACGUCCUGCAUGCAGCGGGCCGGCCCUGCUGCGGCCGCCUCCGCCAGCUACCCCGUCUCCUACGGCCAGAGCGGCGGCUACGGGCAGGGCUACCCUGCGCCACCCUCCUCGUCCUAUUUCGGGGGUGUGGAUUGCAGCUCUUACUUGGCACCCAUGCACUCCCAUCACCAUCCCCACCAGCUCAGCCCCAUGGGGCCCUCCUCGGUGCCCGGCCACCACCACCACCACCCGCUGAGCCAGAGCUCGGGACACCACCACCACCAUCAUCAUCACCACCACCAUCAGGGUUAUGGCAGCACCGGGCUGCCCUUCAACUCUUCCGACUGCCUGGACUACAAGGAGCCCACCGCUGCUGCCUCCUGGAAGCUCAACUUCAACUCCCCCGACUGCCUCGACUACAAGGACCAGGCGUCCUGGCGCUUCCAGGUCUUGUGAGGGGCCAACUGCUGACUCCCCCCCAACAAAAGCUGCCACGGACCCCACCACGCCUGGGGUCUCCCCUCCACCUCCCGGGCAGGACUCUGGCGCCAGCUCUUCCUCCUCCUCCUCCUCCUGCUCCCCCCUCUUCGAUAGCAGUGGCGAUGCCCCGGGUGGGGGUCCUGCCGCCACCCCCAUCUCUACUGACUGAUAUUUAUUUGCUUCCUGCACCCCUCCAGCGGGUUUAUUAUAAUUAUUAUUUUUUUAAAUGCACCAGAAGAGGAGUUGAAGUUAACAAAGCCUAGCAUCUCCCCUGCUGCCCCACCGAACCCCAGGGAAGAGGCGCAGGCUGGCUCCUGCCCUGCCGG